GAGCAGAGUUUGGAGGGUCCAACUCAACUGUCUCUGCCCCCUGAGGCUAAAGAGGCAACCAGCGAAAACCCGACAACCGCUGACGAACUGGACACGCCCACUUCCAUCGCCUCGGUGAUGACCUCGACCAAUGAAAGCUCCACAGAAACCGACACCCCCCAGCAGACUGACUCUGAGGAAUCCAAGGCUGUGGAACAAGAGGGUGAAAAGGCUCCAAGUGAGACCCAAGAAGAGAUUAAGGAGGAGAACGUCCUCCCGUCAGGUGCUUCGGAUCUCACAUCUACUCAAGGGGUUAAAGACAACGGGUCUGCGGAGAAACCCGCCGCCGAAGUGAGCGUUGAGCCCAGUGAAUCUGUUCCGAACACGACGACCAGCAACGCCACCACUGCGACAGCUCAUCCCCUGCCGGUGCUGCAGCCUGGUGAGCCUCAUCCUGUAAACCCAGACAGCCAGAGCAGAGUCUACGCCCUCCCCGAUGCCUUCAGGGGCGUCGGAGGAGACGUCUGCGCGGGAUACGGAAGCCUCUCUCGUUUCAGCCUCCACGGCUACUUGCCCGCCAAAAACUACCAGCCGGGAGCUCACUACACCUUACCAUUUCUGAGGGACAGCUACGCCUCCACGGGCCUCAGCAACCAGACGGAGACGGAGAACAGAGAAAAUCCUCUGGAGGUGAAGGCUGACCUGCCAGGAGCCGGUUACCACACACUGGGAAUCCACCAGUUUAGGCCAAUCACCACCAUGGAGCUCCUGCGGGAGCCCUCGAGAACCAGAAGCGGCUAUGACGACGCUUUCAUGGCCCAGUUGGAAGGGAACCUGAACCCUUUCUUCCAGGCCAUGUGCCGAGCUCAGACCCUGCAGAUACCCCACAAACGCAGCAGCAUGGUCAGCCUGGACAGCAUCCGGAGAGACCCCCGCUGGAGAGACCCCAACCUGCACGAGGUCAUCUCGAUGCUCAGGCACCCGAUGGACCCAGUCAAGUCCAACGCAGCGGCCUACCUGCAGCACCUGUGCUACGAGAACGACCUGAUCAAGCAGGAGGUGCGGCAGCUGAACGGGGUGCCCAUCCUGGUGGAGCUGCUGGACCACCCCAAGGCCGAGGUGCACCGCAAGGCCUGCGGCGCUCUGCGCAACAUAUCCUACGGGAAAGACCACAACAACAAAAUGGCCAUCAAGAGCUGCGAUGGCAUCCAAGCUUUAGUCAGACUGCUGAGGAAGUCCAGCAGCAUGGAAGUCAAAGAGCUAGCCACAGGCACUCUGUGGAACCUCUCAUCACACGAACCCCUCAAGAUGACAAUCAUCAACCAGGGACUUCAGACCCUGACUGACGAGAUCAUCAUCCCACACUCAGGCUGGCGGAGGAGAGACUCCGUGGACGCCUCUAAACCGCUGAGCGCCGAGUGGACCACCGUCUUCAAGAACACCACCGGGUGCCUGAGGAACGUCAGCUCCGAUGGGGCGGAGGCCCGACAGAGACUGAGGGAGUGCGAGGGGCUGGUGGCGGCUCUCCUUCAUGCCCUGCAGUCGGCAGUCAUCAACAAGGACGCCGACAAUAAGUCGGUGGAGAACUGCGUCUGCAUCCUCCGGAACCUGUCCUACCACGUUCAUAAAGAGAUACCAGGCGCCGAGCGAUUUCAGGAGCCCCACGCUGGCCAUGUGAUGAGAACAGUGGGGCAUCAGAAGAAGAAGAACGAGCCCGAGUGUUGUACAGGGAAAAGGCCCAAAGAGGAGUGGUUCAGUCAAGGUUGGAAAAAUGGAUUUAUGGAGAGGAAAUACAAUACUUUGGACUUACCAAAGUGUGCAGAGCUGAUAAAAGGCUUGGAUCUGCUGUACCAGCCGGAGGUGGUGAGGCUUUACCUCUCCCUUCUCACCUGCAGUCACAACCACAACACCCUGGAGGCCGCCGCCGGAGCACUGCAGAACCUCGCUGCGGGACACUGGGCGUGGUCGAGCUACAUCCGAGCUACAGUGAGAAAAGAGAAAGGACUGCCGGUUUUAGUGGAGCUGCUGCGCUCAGACGUGGACAAAGUCGUGCGAGCUGUGGCCAUCGCUCUCCGCAACCUCGCCAUUGACAGAAGGAACAAAGAUCUGAUCGGAAACUACGCUCUGAGGGACCUUGUUGCCAACUUGCCCUGUGGGCAGCAGCACCCCGUGAAAAACCUGGAGGGAGACACGGUGGUGUCUAUUCUGAACACCAUUUACGAGAUCAUCACAGAUAACCCCGAGAACGCCCGAGUGCUCAUACAGGGUCAUGCUGUGCAGAAGCUGGUGGCCAUCAAUAAGUCAAGCCAAUCAGCACGAGAGACCAAAGCAGCUUCGCAUGUACUUCAGGCGAUAUGGGCCUACAAGGAGCUGAGACACACCCUGACCAAGGCCGGGUGGAACAAGAGCAACUUUAAGCCGACAGCUUCAGGCGUCGCUAAAAAACCCAAGAACGGAAAGCAAAGCGGCGACGACAUCACGUUGCCUCUCAUGGAGAAAAACCAAGAUGUUUAUUCCACCUUAGAGGCAAAUGAUCGAGUUGGAGAUGGAAAGGGGCCUGUUGUAGAAAGAGACACUCUACAGGCGAUAAGUGAAAGAAAACACUUCAUCCGAGCUGGCAGGCCGGCAGUGGGACUCAUGGAUAACAAACCUCCACCGCUGGACUCCUGGGUGUGAACCUGACAACACGUCCAACCAAGCUAGUUAAAUCCUGUAGAGACACUUUCUGUUGGUGAAAUGCAAAUCUGUGUCAUCUAUUCAUUCUUGUAAAAAAAAGAAGAAAAAAGUAAAAAAAAAAAAAGCUUAUUUGUUUACAGAACUUAAUGUGCCAAACACUUCUAUGUAUUUAACCUGGAGAUUAGCUGACAAUAGACUUCAUUGUUUUAAUAUCUACGAUGACUUCUGCAAGCCUGAAACAUACAACUGAUGACAUGUGAUGUAUGAAAUAGCCCGAAUAUGCAAACUGUGGUGAAUCAUGACUCCAAAGAAUAUAUAACAUGUACAAAGUGAAUCUGAAAAUUUAUUUAAAGCAUAACACAUAAUGCAAGUUAGUAAAAAAAAAAGUUUCACUUGUUUUUUUUUUCUUUUUUUCACUUUUAUGAUUCUGGACCAAUUCUGAUCUGAAGAAAAAAGUCUCAAAACACUUUUUCAGUUUCUGAUAAAUUCAGCGUCCGGGGCCCUUGUUGGCCAAACGACCCAAAUCAUUUGGUACUCAGCGUAAUUUUGAUAAGUCAGAGUAGACUCAAUAAAACAUAAUUGCAUUUGUUAUAAAGAAAGGCAAAAGGGGAUUGUACAUGUGUAUCAAAGGACUGUUAAUAUUCAAAAUAAAGGCAUUUAUAUUGUAAUGUUUAUUGUAAUACCCAUGUUAUUAAUUAAGAGCUAAUUAUGUGUCUUAGCUAAUGCCUAUAAAUAAUACAGCUCUGCUUUGCAGUGGUCAUUUUUGCAUUGCAAUGUUGAAUGAAAAUGACAAUAAAUGCUGUGCAUAGUUUCUCA